AUGCCUGGCACAGGUGAUACAGUCGAAAUGGCAAACAUCCCAGGGACAGUCCAUCUCGUGGACCUAGACCACAGCAUGCAAGCCCGCCAUGCAGGCGACGGAGAAAUUAUCCUCAAUCCAGCCCCAUCCAACGACCCUGACGACCCCCUCAACUGGUCUCCGCGCCGCAAACUCACAUCCACAAUAUGCGUCAACCUAUACACGUGGAUGGUAGGUAUAGCAGUAUCCACCGUCUACUCCGUCCUCGUGCCUCUUUCAGAAGCCUCAGGCGUCUCCGUAUCCACACUGAACGAAGGCACGGGAUACAUGUUCCUGUUUCUAGGCUGGAGUCUACUCUUCUGGCAGCCGUUCGCUCUGCGGUACGGGAAGAGGCUUACAUUCCUACUUUCUAUUACUGGGGCUAUCGGGACGAGUAUAUGGAGUGCAUAUGUCAAAAGCAACGGCGAAUGGAUAGCUCGAUGUAUACUAACAGGUUUCUUCGUUGCGCCCGUGGAAGCGCUACCAGAGAUUUCCGUGACUGAUGUUUACUUCACGCAUCAGCGCGGGUAUUACAUGGGAUUCUACGCCUUUUCCCUCGCGGGAAGCAAUUAUUUCGCACCGAUUAUUAGUGGGUUCAUCUCAGAGGGCCAGGGCUGGCAGUGGGUGUUUUAUUGGCCGGCGAUAUUUCUGGCGUGUACGCUCGUGGUUUUGUUUCUGCUGAUGGAGGAGACGAAUUAUACGAGAAAGAUUGAGGGUGUAGUUGUGAGAACGGGCGAGCUGGGGCCCGGUGGGAAGAAUGACGUCGAUGAAGAGAGGGCUGAGGCGAAGACUGCGCAUUCGAGUGCGAGUGGGGAGGUUAAGGGCGCUUCGACGAAGACUUUUGCGCAGAAAUUGUCGGUGUGGCAAUCUUCGCCUGGAACAAACCUUUUGGAGCGUGCUAAGCGGAGUUUGAUGUAUCUGAGCUGGCCGGUCAUUUUCUACUCGGGGUUCAGCUACGGGUCCUACCUCAUCUGGUUCAACGUUCUCAACGCUACCGCGUCCAUUAUCCUUGGCGGACCGGGCUACAACUUCAAACCGUCUAUGGUAGGACUGAGCUACGUAUCAUGCUGUAUUGGUGUCAUUUUUGGAGCGGUCUUCUCCGGGCGCUUGAGCGACUGGCUUACGAUCAAACUUGCGCGAAGGAACAACGGCGUUAUGGAAGCUGAGCACCGCUUAUGGCCCUUCGCAGCAUGUCUGAUCAUGGUGCCGGCUUUCUUGAUCCUAUGGGGUGUUGGAGCGGCACAUGGUAUACACUGGUUUGGACUGGUAUUUGCUAUGGGAUGUGUGGCAUUUACGUCGUCUGUUGGUGUCACACUAAGCGUGAACUACAUGAUCGAUAGCUACCACGACAUUAGUGGGGAUGCCAUCGUGACGGUGAUUCUGAUCCGCAAUACCAUGUCAUUUGCGAUUAGUUAUGGUAUUACCCCUUGGUUAAGGGAUUUGGGGUACCAGAAUUGCUUCAUCUCAUCGGCAUUUGUCGGUAUGGCUGCGUCAGCAGUCUUCCUUGUCAUGAUCAAGUAUGGCAAAGGUAUGCGUGUUAGAAGUAGUGGCAAGUACUACAGUAUUGUCAGUGCCGAUAAGGGCUUGAUGACGUAG